AUGUCUUCAGAACAACCUACCAAGAUGACUACAAGGAGGGACGUCCUGAUUGCCAAAAUGCAACAAUUACAGAAGGAGCUCAAAACAGCCAACGAGCUGAACAAAAAGCUCCUUCAAGAACAAGAAGAGAGUGAACAGGAGAUUGAGCGUGUUGUAAGAACAAACACAACACUAAAAAAUCAACUCGCCAACCAAGACGUUGAGUAUGAAGACUUGCAAGGGCAGCGCGAUGAACUGCAGGCCAUUGUCAACCGGUUCCAGCAAUGCCAGGAUAUACACGAGCUGGCGUUACAACGCGUCCGGGACUUGCAACAGCAACUGGAGGAGUCGGAAUCAAAACAUAUUUGCAAGUAUUGCUCCGGCAACCCCGUGCCCGCUGACAAUAAUAUGAGUAUUUUUGCUGAAUUAAAUAGUUUUGAUGUAGAUUUAGUUCUUGAUAGUACAGUGUCCUCUCCAAUAAUAGAAACUUUAGAUAUUAAAAAUUCUGUGCAAUUUGAGGACCACAGUGAUGUUAGAGUUACAUUGAAAGGUAACAAUAAAAUUAAAAAAUACUUGAAAUUGAACAGAUUCAUUAAGAAAUCAAAGCUUUUGCUGAAACGUCAUACUUCACUGUUUAAGACAGUGCAAUCUAAAUGUAAAAGUGUUUCCCUCAGUGAGGAACUUUUAAACUGUCAAUAUCAACUAGACAGGACAACUGAGGAGCUGAAUCUCCGCUCCGAUGAAUUAAAAAAAUUAGAAUUAAAGUUGAUAGACUUAACUAAUAGGGAUGAAUUGUCAAGUAAAGCUUUACAGGAGUACAUAGCCUUUAUGAAUAAUGUUCUAGAACCGGGCAGCGGCUACAACCUGAGCUUCGAGUCACCACGGCCACCGACGCGCCCCGCCGCGCCGAGUUCGCCCGCGCUGCGUGCCGUCCUAGCCGCGCCGGGAUCGCCCGCGCUGCGAGCGCUGUUCGCGUCGCGCCCGAGCCCCGCGCUCGAGCCCAGCCGAGACCUUCACCCCGUCUCGAGCUUCGGGGAUCCUGCGCCAGUACCGGCUCAACCGCCAUCGUCACCGCCGGGCGUCGUCGAGCGGGUUCCAUCGCGACCGUCCAUCGCCGGGCCGGCUCCAUCGCCGCCGGCCCUCGUCGAGCCGGCCUCGUCGCCGCCCAGCCUAGCUACGCUGGCUCUGGCGCUGCUGCUGACCUAUGUCUCGCCCGCUCCGGCGCCGCCACCCCUCGUCUCGCCGCCGUCGCCCCGCCUCGCGCCGCCAUCCUCCCCGCCGCCCCCGGCCGCCGCCGCGCGUGCUCCCCGCCGCCGCCGCGCGCCGCCCGCGCCCGCGCCGUGCUGUACAGCGACGAGGCGGGCGCCGGGCUGGGCGCGCUGCUGGCGGAGCGCCUCCACCGGCGCGUCAUCAACCACUGUCACCCGGGGGCCACCGUCGCGAGUUUGGUCGAGUGCAUCUCUGCAGGCGAGUUUGACCGCGAUUCGACGCUUAUAG